CUCCUGGGCAGCAGAGCUUGUGCCCACAUGGCAGCAGCUGCCUGGGCCAGUGGCUUUCUCACUGCUGUUCUGCACACAGCCAAUACAUUUUCCCUGCCCCUGUGCCAUGGCAAUGCCCUGGGCCAGUUCUUCUGUGAAAUCCCACAGAUCAUCAAGCUCUCAUGCUCCAGUUCCUACCUCAGGGAACUGGGGCUUCUUACAGUUAGUGUCUGUUUAGCACUUGGUUGUUUUGUGUUCAUUGUUUUCUCCUAUGUGCAGAUCUUCAGGGCCGUGCUGAGGAUCCCCUCUGAGCAGGGGCGGCACAAAGCCUUUUCCACCUGCCUCCCUCACCUGGCCAUGGUAUCCUUGUUCCUCAGUACUGGCAUAUUUUCUGACCUGAAGCCCCCCUCCAUGUCCUCCCCAUCCCUGGAUCUGGCCCUGUCAGUUCUGUACUUGGUGGUGCCUCCAGCCCUGAACCCCCUCAUCUACAGCCUGAGGAACCAGGAGGUCAAAGCUGCA